AUGGGUGUGAUUAAUAGGGGGUUAAUACUAGUGAUAAUUGUGCUACUGAUUAUACUACAGUGUUUUGCAAUUGAUUAUGAUCUCAAUUUUUUGAAAUGCGGAGAGAAGGUCCUUUACACACUCACUUUAGAUAUACCUCUUGCGUUUUACUUGUUAUAUUCGCUAAUUAGAAUGCAAAGAUUAUCAAAUGGGAGUUUAUCUAUACAAUGGAUGAUCUAUAGCAUUUCAAUUGCGGUGAAAUUUUACUAUUUGACGUAUCCCUAUGAAAGUAUUACUCCACUUGAUGGAUUUAAACAUCUAUACUGGGCGACAUACAUUACAAAACACCAAGGCCACUUUGCAUUAACUCCACUGAUAUAUUUGUUGUAUCACAAACUAUGCAUAGAACUCUCAAAUAUUUCAGUCUGGCUCCAUGAAAUGUUACAUGCAGAUCUAUGUAUUUCAACUAUAAUUGAUAUUUGGGAUGUUAUAAGUGUUGCCCAUAGUAUCCCCAAUCUUACCCAAUACAAGAAUAUAAUGUUUAUGUUUGUUAUAUGUAGCAUUAUUUCAUUGGGUCUGGUAUUACCAACUACCGGUAUACAGGUUAGGUGUAAGACGAGUGAUUGGCGCAGGAAUUCAGACAUUUUCAUAAUAGUCAAAUUCACUUACUUGGUGGGAUUAUUUUUAAUAGAUAUACCAUUUUUAACUUAUCGCAUUUACGAUCUAUCACAGGGAAACUUUUCAAUUUUGUUUGUGAAGAAUUUUUUGUUCAUAUUUAUACGUUCUUUUCGACUUGCAAUUUGGCAGUUGGCCUACAGAGACGCAGUAAAAUGGAACGAGGGGUCUAAAUCUAGCGAUUGUUUAAUAAAGGAUGCGAUCGAUUUUAGUUCUCAGUCCUAUGAAAAGGAACCUGAUAAAAUUGGUCAACUAAGGGAUAGUAUAAGCAAUGUAAAUAAUAUUAUUAUUGGCGAUGGUACCAGUAAAACAAUAAUUGAUUCUAAAAAGUACAGCAUUUAUAAAUCUAAAUUGACUAGAGAUUUUACCAGAACAAAUUUCCACAAGUCAACACUGCGCAGAUUAGGAUUUAAGGAUAAAAGUACUCUAAUAUUUGAGAGGUCUGACAGCGAGAAGAAGGAAAUUGAUGUCAGUGGCUUUGAUUUAGACAUUAAUAUGCGAGAAUAUUUGCAACAAUUUGUGGCAAUGUGCUCAAAAAGUUGCGUUACUUGUUGUGAAAAAUACGUUUCAGAUGAUAUAACACUAUCGUUACUAAAACGAAUACGUUUAGUUACGGCAUUUAACAUACAACCCGUAGCGCACCUAGCCAUUCUUUUGAUUGUCGUAUUAGAUUGCUAUAAUCGCACUAGUCUAUUAACUUUAACAAUUGUACUGGGGAUUAUGAUUUUUCUGUGCGAUUUCUACACAGCACCACUUCUUGACGUACUGUACAAUACAAUGUACGCCAUAGUAGCAUUGGUAUCUGCUGGCUAUUCAAUUGAUACAUUUUGGAAAGUAAACAGGUUUUACAUACGUAUAUUUGUCAUUAUCGCAUUUUCAUUGUUUCCAACAUUGGUUAUUAUACCCAACUUCAUGUCCAGCCUAUCUGCUAUUACCAAUGUCCCUUAUGCCUGCCACAAAAUAAUAAUUAUGUCGUGUAGGUGGUGCAUUGCCCCAAUAUCCCACCAUGGAAUUAUUUUGGGCGGUGAAGUAAUCAAGAAUGUAAUCCUUACAGAUCAUUUGUUACAGGCACACUGGACAGGGGUGACGUUGCUAAUGGUUUCUAAAAUUUUUUGUAUCGUCCUAUCCCCAAACUGGAUCAUAUAUCUUAUUCACAUAGGGUUGUCAAUUUCCUAUGCAAUUCUAUCACAAACGGUUAGAAUUUUACAGCAAAGAAAGUACGAGAUACAAUUUCUUCAGAAACCAUCACAACCUAGGAGAUCUUCGUUUUCCCCCUUUGAUGAUGAAUUGGGAUAUAUUAGUAGGUUUGGAUUGUUUUCCUGCCCUGGACAUUUGUUACCGCCAAUUAUUUAA